AUGUUCAAGAAAGAGAUCCAAUCCUCGCCGAAGCAAAAGCUCAAGUCGUCGGUCCAGCGAUCCCUCCGACAGGCGCUCCUGUCCACGUACCCGCUCCUCACGCCGCACAUCGACGAGAUCCUACCCAAGAAGGCGUCCCUGGCGAGCAUGAAGCUGACGGACCGCAACACGCUGUACGUCCUUGACUCGACGCCGCUCUUCUACCAGCAGGACAUCUCGUCGAUUAUUAUCCCUCACCUGCGCCUCGUGCACCGCUUCCCCGACGCGUUCCCGAGCAUUCGCAUAGAUCGUGGUGCUAUCCGCUUCGUGCUCUCGGGUGCUACACUUAUGGCUCCUGGUUUGACCUCCCCCGGGGGUAGGCUGCCGGCCGAUGGUGUCCCCGAGAGGCUGGAAGAGGGCAAGGAGAUGGAGCAGAAGCUAGAGGAGGAUGGAAGAUGGAGCCGGGAGCUCGAGAAGGGCGAGCCUGUGGUCGUCAUGGCUGAGGGCAAGGUGGAGGCUUGCGCCGUGGGGACGCUGGUGGCGGGGACCAAGGAGGUCAAGGCCAAGGGCAAGGGGCCCGUGAUUGAGGACGCGCACUUCCUGGGCGACGGCCUAUGGAACCUGAACACCGAGUGA